AUGUUUUCGUUCAUACAAAUUGUGACAGCUCUAGUGUUAGCGGGCAUCGCAUAUUGGUGGAUAAGUUGGAAGAGGAAUGAAAGAAGACUGAAAUGGAUACCGAAGGUCCCCGGACACCCGAUAUUUGGGAAUGUUCUGGACUUUGGGAAAACUACAGAUACCUUAACAAUCCUGUCGAAGUAUACGAAAUCACACGACGGCUUGUGUAUGGUAGAUCUGGUAUUCAGAAAGCUCGUUCUAAUAACCGAUUUAAAGCUGGUUGAGUUCUUUUUGACCUCGACAAAAAUCUUGGACAAAUCUUCAGAAUACAGGUUUCUAGAAAGAUGGUUGGGUGAUGGGAUACUGAUAGCGAAAGCUGCAAGAUGGAGAAAGAGUAGGAAGAUAAUAACUCCCGCUUUCCAUUUCGGCAUACUCGCCCGGUUCGUUUCUACUUAUGAUUCUAAUGCAGAGAUCAUGGUGCAGCUAUUGGAGAAGGAAGUUGGGAAAGGUUCCGUGGAUAUCUAUAAUUAUGUAACGAUGUGUACUUUGGAUGUAAUUUAUGAAACCUCAAUGGGUGUAAAGAUAAACGCCCAGACGAACAAACAACCGGAAUAUGCUUUCGCGGUCAAAGAAAUAUGCAGGAUAACCAUCGACAGAGGUUUUUCGGCCCUGAAGCAGUCGAAUAUGCUGUAUCCAUUAACGAGAGAUUAUUACAAGGAAUCGAAAUAUGUGAAAUUCUUGCACGCCAACACCGACUCUGUGAUUCGUGCUAGGAGGAAAGCCUUACAGGCUAAUCUAUCGGGAAGUGAAGGACAGCGAACCGAUGAAGAUUUGGGUGAAAAAAAGAAAUUAGCCUUCCUCGAUUUAAUGUUACUGUCUAAAGUAGAUGGCGAACCUUUACCUGAUUGGUACAUCAAAGAAGAAGUCAACACGCUGUUAUUUGAGGGACAUGAUACCACAGGUGUAGCCAUCAGCUUCGCCUUAUAUUCUUUAGCAGAGAAUCCAGAAGUACAGGCACGAGCUGUGGAAGAGCAACGGACAAUAUUUGGGAGAAGUUAA